AUGAGAAAUGCUACUAUAACAACAUUUAUUCUUCUGGGACUGACAGAUGACCCUCAGCUGCAAGUUCCAAUUUUCAUCUUUCUAUUUAUCACCUACAUGCUAAGUUUAACUGGGAACCUGACCAUCAUCACACUCACCUUUAUGGAUCCCCACCUUAAAACACCCAUGUACUUUUUCUUAAAAAAUUUCUCCUUUUUGGAGAUCUCAUUCACAUCUGCUUGUAUUCCCAGAUACUUGUAUAACAUAGCCACAGGCGACCAGCUCAUUACUUAUACAGCUUGUGUUACUCAAGUGUUUUUCACUGACCUCUGUGCAGUAACAGAAUUUUUUCUGCUGGCCGCCAUGUCCUAUGACCGUUAUGUGGCCAUCUGCAAACCCCUGCACUACGUGACCAUCAUGAGCAGCAGGGUCUGCAGAAUUCUCAUCACCUCAUGUUGGAUGGCUGGUUUGUGUGUAUUAAUCCCUCCACUUAGUGUGGGCUUAAAUCUAAAAUUUUGUGACUCGAACAAGAUUGAUCAUUUUGGAUGUGAUGCAUUUCCCCUCAUGAAAAUCACAUGCUCAGAUACUUGGUUCAUGGAACAGACAAUAAUCAUCUGUGCUGUGCUGACUCUGAAUAUAACUCUGACUUGUGUGGUUCUGUCAUACACUUACAUAAUCAAGACGAUCUUUAGGUUUCCUACAGUUCAGCAGAAGAAAAAGGCCUUUUCCACCUGUUCCUCCCAUAUGAUUGUGGUAUCUAUCACCUAUGGGACAUGUAUUUUCAUCUAUAUGAAUCCUACAGCAAAGGAAGAAGUAACCGUUAAUAAGGUGGUUUCACUGCUCAUUUCUUCUGUUUCACCUACACUUAAUCCAUUUAUAUAUACCUUGAGAAACAAUCAAGUAAAGAAAGCCUUCAAAUACUUUAUCAAAAGAAUUGCUUUGUUCUCAUGUAAAAGGUAA